AUGGGGUCCUGGGCUGGGGCUGGGGGCUGCCUGCUGCUGUCCGUGGCCACCAGCACCCUGAUACUGCUCACGAGACCCCCUGGCUCCUGGGGGGCCCGCAUCAUUGGGGGCCAUGAGGUGGCCCCCCACUCCCGCCCCUACAUGGCGUCCCUGCGUUUCCAAGGCCAGCACCACUGUGGAGGCUUCCUGCUCCGAGCCCGGUGGGUGGUCUCGGCCGCCCACUGCAUCAAAGACAGGGAUCCCCUGGCAGGCCUGGUGGUGCUGGGGGCCCAUGACCUCCGAGUGGCAGAGACCACACAGCAGGUCUUUAGCAUCCAGGACGCCUUCACCCACCCCGACUACCAGCCGUCCACCCACGCCAACGACAUCUGUCUGCUGAAGCUGAAUGUCUCUGCUGCCCUGGGCGGAGCUGUGGGGCUGCUGAAGCUGCCGCGGAGGGGUGCCCGGCCGCCUAAGGCUGGUGCAUGGUGCCAGGUGAACGGCUGGGGCGCCGUGUCCGACUUCCAGGACCUGCCCCCAGGGCUGAUGGAGGCCAAGGUCCGCGUGCUGGGCUCAGACACCUGCAACAAUUCCUGGAGCGGCCGGCUGCGCCCUGCCAUGCUCUGCGCCCGCAGCGGGGACAGCCGGCGACGCGGCUUCUGCUCGGCGGACUCCGGGGGACCCUUGGUGUGUGGCAGCAGGGCUCAUGGCCUGGUCUCCUUCUCUGGCUUGUGGUGUGGGGACCCCAAGUACCCUGACGUGUACACACAGGUCUCUGCCUUUGUGACUUGGAUCUGGGGCGUGAUCCAGCAGUAA